AUGUCGGCAAGUAGGAUCGCCGCACUUCCGUCCCCCGAUCAUCCGAUAGCUAUUGCUUCAGCAAUUUUGCCCAACCUGCGCCGCAACACGAUGGAUCACGGCGCGUCGGUUCUCGACCCUGCACUAAGAGGUGCUGAGUUGCCCAGCAACGGUCAGAGCGGCGUGAGUGGCACUGCCGCUGCCGCGACGCACGACAAUGCAGCUGCAGCUGCUGCAACGGCACCUAGACGAAACGGCGCCGAGGAACAGGGACAGGGACAUCUUGACGCCUCAGCCGCUGGGACGCCUGAGACCCCUCUUUCGGCGCAUGGGGGCGGAAGUGGUGGCGGCGAGACACCCCAGAACGAUGGACUUCUACACGGCGCAAACCUGGACGACCCUAAACGACCAAGGGCCUGCGAGGCUUGUCGCGGACUGAAGGUGCGGUGCGAGCCGGAUCCGAACGAUGCGGAGGGGCCGUGUAAGCGAUGCAAAAAGGCAGGGCGCAAUUGUGUCGUGACGAUGCCGACGAGGAAAAGACAGAAGAAGACAGAUAGUCGGGUUGCGGAGCUCGAGAAGAAGAUUGAUGCGCUCACGGCGAGUUUACAGGCGCGCGGGACAUCGGCGACUGCGACAACGGCCGCCUCUGCCGCGACGCCUCCCGCGCCCGGGAGUGCAAGGGAAGAGACUCCUUUCCAGAAGAGGUGGGGGGACCACGGCAUGGCUAGGGCUUGGCCUUCUCACGGGUCUGAUAUUGCACCUGGGACAUCUGAAAGUGACGCAACGCCGUACGACCCGCUGGCACCCUCUACGUCAGGGCAGAAGAGAAAGUUCAGCGAAAGGGGGGAUACACCUACUGAGAUUCCGGAGCCGAGCAGGCCAGCUCCGCCAAUACAGAUGGGAGCUGAUUACGCCGACGUCGUGGAGAGGGGAAUCCUCAGCGCGGAGAAAUCUUUGGAGCUGUUCGAGCGGUAUAAGACGCACAUGAUGCCCCAUAUGCCGGCUGUGGUAUUUCCACCAGGCACAAAGGGGGAUGAGCUGCGGAAAUCGAAACCGCUUUUAUUUCUUGCCAUCAUGUCUGCGGCAUCGUCCGAGAGCCCCAAUGUGCAACGCCGUCUUGUGAAGGAGCUAAUGCAGAUAUUCGCGGAGAAGAUAAUCAUUACCGGAGAAAAGAGCCUGGAGAUUGUACAGGCGCUGCAGGUUGCUGUGAUUUGGUACUGGCCGCCGGAGCACUUUGAGGAACUCAAAUUCUAUCAGCUUGUUCACAUCAGCGCGGUAAUGGCGCUGGAUAUCGGACUUGGAAGGAGAACCGGGGGAAGAAAGGUACAGGUUCCGUACCAAUUUAGAAAUCACCCUUUCAAGAGAGCACCGCCGCCGGAUCCGACAACCCUGGAGUGCCGGCGUGCGUGGCUGGCUUCGUAUUUCCUCGCGGCCAAUACGAGCAUGGCUUUACACCGGCCGAAUCUGGUGCGGUGGACUUCGUUUAUGGCUGAAUCGAUGGAGGUGUUGCAGACUUCGGCGGACGCCGCCCCGACCGAUAAGUACUUUUGUCACCUGGUUUGGACGCAUCGGCUUGCAGAAGAGGUGGGUGUUCAGUUCGCGAUGGACGACCCGGCCAUUGUGCCGAGUAUCACAGAUUCGAGAACGCAGUAUUCUCUCCGUAUGCUUGAAAGGGAUUUGGAAAAGUAUAGCACCUCGGUGCCAAAAGAUGAGAUGGGACCAACUCUACGAAUGUCAUUCCACGUCCUCUCACUAUACAUGCACGAGAUAGCGCUACAUACACAGCUUGACGACAUCCGCCCGCCGUUUGACACCGCCACCUUGAAAGACGGCAUGCUUCCUAAUCUUGCACUCACAACCUCACACGUCAACGCCCUCUCGGCGUGUCUCUCCGCUAUAGACGGCAUCUUUGAAGCUUUCCUUUCUAUGAACGUUACCAGCAUUCGCUGCUUACCGGUAUUCAACUUCGUGCGCGUUGCCUACGCCGUCGUCGUGCUCAUAAAAAUGUAUUUCUCCGCCACUGCCCCUGGCUCGGAGCUGGGCAAGGUCAUCGACAAGGACAACAUGAAGGUGGAAUACUAUCUCGAUGCCUUGCUUGAGAAGUUCCGUGCCGCCGCGUCCGACGAUAGAAGCCGGCCUGCUGCCAAAUUUUUGGUGGUUCUGGUGAUGUUACGCAGCUGGUUUUUGAAGCAGAGCAAGGCUGCCCUUGGAGGACCGCCUCCUGAAGGCGCUCUCAGGGGCGUCUCUGUACAUUCUCGGGAUUCGGCUCCCACUUCACGGUUGCCGGAAACCACAAUCGCGGAGGGCCAAAGGCCGACAUACCAACAACCCACGCCUACAAUGCAAAGUUUCCCCGCGGCCAAUACCCCCCUUCAUCUCCUCUCAGAAAUUGCCACUAAUGACCGGUCCGCAAACCAGUCUACAUCAAAUAUUCUCUGGAACCCGACGCCUUCCCGGCAGCAGUUCAUAUACGAUCCAUCCGUUGUCACAACCACGUCGCCGAUGGACGGGGGACCGGACACGGGGAGCAGCGAGGCCGCGGGUAUCGACACUAACAAUAUCAACAAUAACAACAACAGCAACGCGAACAGCAGCACUGGCUGGAUGCCACCCGUCUGGGCCGGCGAUUUACAGGACAUGGGCUUUGAUAUGGGCCUAGCCGACGGGUUAUCGCUCGAGGAAAUCACCACCGGGUUCGGAGCGAGCCCCGGAAGCCUGAGCAACGGAAUGCGGUACGUCAUGGCGCAGGACCCGUGGCUCAGCGGACUAGGCGGGCUCAAUGACAUGUUUGAGGGGAUGCCAGGCGGUGGUGGGCCCCCAAUGUUUCCUAUGUGA